GUUAUAUUAACAUUUUAAUCAUAACUAAGCGGUAAACCCAUAAGUGUUAGAGAGUAUUAUAGUGUAACAACUGGUACAACAAUUUUCAAGAGGUGUAUGAUGGUGGUCAUAAUUGUUUCAGUAUCAACACUGUGUCUAGGACACAAUAGUUCUGUUACUUGUGUUUCAUACUCCUACCUCACACCACACUUCUUGCAGCUUUAUCACACCAUUCCUGCUAACAAAUUUGUUUAAUUCUUUCUACUUGUGUUUGAUAAUACCUUUUCAGUUCCUGGCUGACACCAUUCCUGCUUGAAAUUUCUAUUUGAUAUUAUUCCUGCACCUGUUAGACAUCAGAGUUUUUGGCAUAUUUCCUGCUCCUGAAUGACGCCAUUUCAGACCCUUUACUAAUUUUAGAGCUACAUUUGUAAUCUGAGUCAAGUCUGAUUGUCUCCCAUUCCCCAAGUCACUAUAUGGCCUAUACUGGUUUUGAUUCAUUUCUGUGGAAUAAAUCUGACCAGUCUUGGUCUUUAUUUGACACUAUUACUGACCUUUGUUUGCUACUAGAUUUAUUCUUACACUUUCAUACCAUUCCUCUUGUCAAGCGGCUGAAUUUUUAACACUAUUCUUUCUCCUGACUGGCACUAUGACUAUCACCAAACAUUGUCCUGCUAAUUUCCACUUUGUUGUUACAUUCAAAACCAAGCACUAAACCCACAAGUGUCAUACUAUACUAGCUUUAUUAUAUACACGUCUUCCAGCCUCAUUUCUGACACCAUCCCUAACUUUUUUCUCUCUCCUGCCAGCCAUCAUCGUGGUCAUAACGUUACUUCUCUUAUUUUCAGUACUGUUUGUUAUGGAAUCUUGGAUACUGCCAUCCUUUUUCCUUGAUAUCAAAGGAAACAAGUCAACUUUGCUGGGUUAUCCAAGGUUAAAUCAAAUUUAAAAUAAUUUUUAUUGCCUGCCACCAGCCUUAUUAUUAACUCCAUCCCAGUUCCAGGUACUUGACUUAACUCUACCUCCAUUUCUGUUAUUAUCACUAUUCCAGACACCUGUACUAGACUAUUCCAGACAUCUGUACUAAACUAUUCCAGACAUCAUCUGCCUUAACACUGUUCUAAACAUCAUCUGCUGUAGCUCUCUUCUUACCACUAAUUUCAUCCUGACACCAUCCUACCAUCUUCUUGUGUGCCAUCAUGGGAAUGUAUCGCAUCUUGCAAGGUGUGAUGAAGUACAGACACACACAGAGGGAGGUCAUGGUGAGGCAGUUUGAGGUUGUGCGAGAUGAUCCACAUCCCAAAGCGGUGUUCUUCACCUGCAUGGAUAGUCGGAUGCUUCCCACAAGAUUCACUCAGACAAAUGUUGGCGACAUGUUUAUUGUGCGCAAUGCUGGGAACUUGGUGCCUCAUGCCAAUCUUUGUGGGCAUGAGGAGAUCACAACAGAACCAGCUGCCCUGGAGCUGGGCUGUGUCAUCAAUGGUAUCAAGCACGUCAUUGUCUGUGGCCACUCUGACUGCAAGGCAAUGAAUAUGCUGCAUAUGAUGCGCAACAGUGACCGCACCUUACAAGAAAUGCUGAAGCUCUCCCCUUUGAAGGCCUGGCUCAUGCGCCAUGGACAUUCUUCAGCAGGGAAGUUUGCUCAGUUAGAGCUGUCAAAUUUCCAGGCUCCUCUUGUAUUUCAGGCUGAGACCCCAAUGCGACGCUUCAUUGCAUAUAUAGACCCUGACAACAAGUUCUCUGAGGAAGACAAACUUUCUCAGCUAUUGUAUUACUGGACUACCAUACCAACCCAUCGUGAUAUUAGUCUUUCUUCUCUUAUCCUAAAAUUCACUUAAGGAUAAGUAGUUUCUUUACAUCAAGAUAUGUAUAAAUUAGACAUAAGUACUAAAUUUGCUGAACAAAUAUAUCCUAAAAGUUUCCAAAACCUGAACACUUGUCUAAUUUAUACUAAGGUGACCCCUCAAAAAAUAAACAUUUAUAAUGUCUCAUUUUCUAGCGAUUUUUCCAGAAGUGCGAAGGUAUCAAAUCAGAUAUCAACCUGCGAGUGAAUUUUUUAUUAAUUGCUUCAUUUUUUUACAUGAUUUUAUAGGAAAUUAAAAUUACUGUACAUUUAUUUAAAAUAAAUGUUUCAACCUAUUUGUGUAUUUUUUUAAGAUUCGGUUGCACUUCUGUAUACUGUUAUUAACUUUUUCUGAGGUGGUGAGUAAUCCAGACACUUGGUUUACUACAGAUGUCAACAUGUUGGUAAAAUAGAUCAGACUCGAUACUUGAGCACUUUAAUUCUUUUUUUUUUUAACACAUCAGCUGUUUCCCACCAAGGCAGGGCGACCCAAAAAGAAAGAAAAAACUUUCAUCAUCAUUCAACAUUUUCACCAUCACUCAUACAUAAUCGCUGUCUUUGCAGAGGCGCUCAGAUAUGACAGUUUAGACAUCCCUCCAAACUGCCAAUAUCCUAAACCCCCUCCUUUAAAGUGCAGGCAUUGUACUUCCUAUUUCCAGGACUCGAGUCUGGCUAACCGGUUAGUCAAGCACCUUAAUACAAUCAUUAAUUACCAACAACUCUGCAUGUACUUAACUCAAGAAUUACAGCCAUCCAAUUCAGCCCAGUAAGCUCACACCAGUCCACUUCGCUCCACCCACUUCCACAUUGUAAGACAUCAACUACUUAC